AUGUACAAACCCAAGAAGAAGUAUGACCCAAAUGUAACCUUUUGUGGGAAAACAGGACAUGUUCAUGAUGAUUGCUACAGGUUGCAUGGUUACCCAGAGGAUUUUGAAUUCACUAAAGGGUAUCAGGUACCAGUGAAGGCAAAUGCAAGGUUGACUCAUGAUGAUGAAGUCAUGCAUGGGAACAAUAGUGAAAUCAACAUGAACCUUGCACAACAGUACACUAAGGAACAAAUCAAUGAAAUAAUGCAACUAUACAAACAAGCUAAAAUGGAGCAGUCAGGCAAAUCAACCAUUAAUGCCAAUGCAGUUGCUGGUACAAUUUUGAAAUAUUCUGGUUCUGUGCCUCAGAACACAUGUUUUGAUCCUAAUUCUUUCAUGUUUCUUAUUCCACUUCCUGUACCUUUGAACAUUAGUCUACCUAAUUCCUUCAAGGACCAUUCAAUGAAGAGUCCUCAAGUUUUUGGUAAAGUUAAGGAAGGACUUUAUCUGUUGGAGCCUAACAGUCCUAGGUCUAGUUGUUCUUUUAAUGCAAAUGUUCUUUUAAUUCCAAAAGGAAGAAAUUCCAAUCUUGAGUCUGUUUCUAAUGUUGUACAUGUUAAUGCUAAGUCUGAUGUAAAACUUUGGCAUGUAAGGUUGGGACACCUCCCAUUUUCAGCAAUGAAACAUUUAUCUUUCCUUCAUUGUGACUCAGUUUCUGAUUUUAUAUGUGAUAUAUGCCCUAAAGCCAGACAAACUAGACUUUCUUUCCCUAUCAGUAGUAUCAAAACAAAAUCUAUGUUUGAAGUUAUUCAUAUUGACACAUGGGGUCCAUAUAAAUCUGGUACAUACAAUGGUUUUAAAUAUUUCCUCACAAUAGUAGAUGAUUUUACUAGAGGAACUUGGACAUUUUUACUAAGCACUAAGAGCAAUGCAUUCCCUGUUCUUAAAAGUUUUUUAGCCAUGGUUGAAAGGCAAUUCAAUGUGAAAAAUAAAAAUAAUAAGCGAAGAAGUAAAUUUGAUCACAGAGCCAAAGCUUGUGUUCUACUGGGAUAUCCCUUACAUCAAAAGGGAUAUAAAUUGUUGGAAAUAGAGACAAAGAAGAUCAUUGUAUCAAUGGAUGUGAAAUUCCAUGAGAAUCAUUACCCUUUUGCUAAAUCUAAACCAUCACACAUGCCCAUUUUCCCAGAUCACUCAUCUCAUAUCUUUUUAGACUCUAGUUCUUCACUUGACAAUUUGCCUACCCUUAGUCCAACCAACUCUGAUCCUACUGAUAACAGUCCUACAUCACCACACAACACACCCACUUCUCAAGUCCUUAAUCCUACUGCAAGUCCCAAUUCUUUGCAAAACUCUCCAGUUAGUCCUGAUCAUACAUAUUCUGCUUCAUUUGAUUCUCUACCACCAAAUACUUCCACUGUUCAUCACUUCUUGAUGAUGCAGAAGCUUCAACAUCACCAAGAAAACCAGCAAGCCCCUACAACUCCCACCAUUCUUCUUGUUCAUAACCUCUCUAUGCCUAAUCUGAUCAUCCUGAACUCUGUUUCUACUAUCAUAGAACCUAAAUAUUUCCAUCAGGCUUGCAAUCAUCCAGGGUGGAUAAAGGCCAUUGAGAAAGAAAUAGAAGCUUUACAAGCUAACCACAUAUGGGAUGUUAUGUCAUUGCCUCCAAAUAGGAAAGCUCUUCCUUGCAAGUGGGUUUAUAAGGUGAAACAGCAUGCAGAUGGCACAGUUGAAAGAUUAAAAACAAGACUAGUUAUCAGGGGAGACAUACAAUAA